UUCGACUCACACGCCUGGCAAGGAUAGUGCACUCGUUUGGCAUGGUUGCGUUUGACUGUUUACAUUGCGGGUUUCAGCUGAUAGAUGUUUAAGUUAAUUAUUAUUGCUGACCGUGUGUUUAUAGUUAAUAUAUGAUAAUCAUGGCAUAAAUAAUAGAUUUAGUGCUCACAUGCCAUAUGGCGCAUCUGAGAUUGUACUAAAAAAGAAAGCUAGAGUUAGCAAGACAGCUAAAAAAGGAUGGAGUGGGAGGAGCUGAGAGGGGACAGCGAGUUCGAGGCAGACAGUGACCAUGAGGAUUGUGAUACAGUGGUGUCAGGAGGUUACAGUGGAGCAGGGUGGAUGGGCCAUCCCUUCCACCACUUUCAUAUCGACCUGGACCCCCAUGAGACUGGCACUGUGCGGAGACGCACUAAAACUAUCGUCACCCCUAAGAUGGCCAUGGAGAGUUUUCGUCUUUCGUUUCUCAACGACGAUCAAGACGUCAACUUUGACGCCAUACUGGGAGAACUGUACGAGCUCGAGUCUCAGCUCAGCAGCACUCAGUCGGAGCUCUCCAGGUCUCUUGGAGGUUCGCACCCUCCCCCACCUGCGGCAUUCCAAGACGGCAGCGAUGGAAGUGAACACAAUGGCAGUAGUGAGACUAUCCACGUCUCUGAGCAGGAAGAACUAGAUCUUCUGGCAGCGGAGAUCACCCGAGGCUUACACUACCACAAAGCAAAUGGACAUUACCACCACCACCACCAUCACCACCAGCACCAGCAGCACCAUCAGCAGACGGUGGGGGGAGAGGGGAUGUGUGACAACGCUGAAACAGACUCGGCCUUCUCCGACAACGCCUCCCUCCCCUCCUCUGAGUCGUUCACCUCCAUGGUGACCGUCUCCUCGUCAGCUGACACCACGUCAUCCUCCUCAGGGGAGACCUGCAGCAUGAACAACGCACACUGUGGAGUAAACCAUGCUGAGGAGGAGCAGAUAGCCAGACUCAAGGCAGAAAAAAUUCGCAUAGCAUUAGAGAAAAUUAGAGAGGCAAAGAUAAGGAAGUUGUUUGUGAGGGCCUUUGCCAAAGAUGGGAGCAGCAAGAGUAUUCUGGUGGAUGAGAAGAUGAGCGUGUCACAGGUGUGUAGCCAGCUGGCAGACAAGAACCAUGUCAGGCUCAACCACAAGCUGUCUGUGGUGGAACACAUGCCAGAGCUCUUGAUGGAGCGUAUCCUUGAAGACCAUGACUCACUGGUAGAAAACAUGGUGAUGUGGACCAAAGAUUCUAAAAACAAAGUGAUGUUUGAGGAGAGAAUGGACAAAUAUGACUUGUUUAGGAAUCCUGAGAAAUAUUUGCUCAGUAGUACUGCAGCCAACAAACAAGGGCCGCUAGCACCAGCUCAAAAGGAUAAACUGAUACAAGAGUUUUUCUCCCCUGAAAGUGUCUGUGUGCCCACAAUGGAGGGGGCGCUGUAUCUCAAAUCUGAUGGCAAGAAGGCGUGGAAGAAAUUUUUCUUUGUUCUCCGAGCUUCCGGCCUGUACUACAACCCUAAAGGGAAACCUAGUAAAAACCCCAAAGAUUUGGUCUGUUUGGUUCAGUUUGAGUAUGUUGAAGUGUACAGAGGAAUUGGUUGGAAGAAAAAGUACCAUGCUCCUACAGAUUUUUGUUUUGCUCUCAAGCAUCCGCAGAUCCAGAAAAAGACAUCCAAAUACAUCCGCUAUUUCUGUGCUGAGACAGAGAUGGCCUUGGACCAGUGGGUCAUGGGGGUCAGAAUUGUCAAGAUUGGUAAACAGAUGCUCCACAACUACGAGAGGCUGACCCAUGAGAUCUCCAUGUGGGACCUGCGACAGCCAGAGCCAGGCGUCGUGGCCGCCGACGAGGCCAUCUGUCAGAUGUUAAAUCACGCUGACCUCAGCGAUAGCCGCAUGUCCGUUCCAGAACCUGGUACCAGACACUCGGUCAUCCAGGUCCAUAACGCAUCACAUAUACGUAACUCAACAUCCGGUGUUAGUGACAACCCCCGGGAUAUGAUUAGCAUAGAGGUGUUGGCAAUCCCACCUAGGAAGAGUUCAGAAGGAAUAGAUGGGAGGUCUCUAAGUGGCUCAGUUGGUAGCUCUUCUAUAGGCUCGAGUGUGUCUGAGUCUAGCCACAAAACUCCAGUCAAGCGUGUGUCCUUCAGCGCCACCCACAGCAUUAUCAAUGGCGACUCAGUGGAGCAGGUGGUCAAGCACAGAGACUCCAUCAUCAGCGCUUCGACUGACUCCAGCGAAGACUCCAACUCUAGCGGUGAGAUCCGGCCAGGUGCCAGUUUCAGGGGAAAAAUGAGACCAAGAUUGCCUGUAACCACAGAGACAACCAGGCAACUUGCUGACAUGUGUAACGUUUCAAUGGAUGAAAAUGCUGAAGCAAUUUACGCUGAGACGCACUACCGUGGCGGCUCCUCGGCUUUUGCCAGAACAGACAGACGCAGGGCCUCCAUGCAGGAGCGCCGCGGGUCAUGUGGGUCUGCCGGGUCUGACAACAGCCAGCGCAGCAGUCAUGUGACACGUCACUCAUCCAUGGCGUCAUCUAUAAAACAGCAUUCAUUAGACAGCGGAGCAGAACAGCAUACAUCUCCUGUUGUUAAACAAAGCAGCCCUGUCCCUGUUGACAGUCCCUACCAGCACGUCAGGCGGAAAAGUGAGCCAUCGGUCGCUGCAGUUAUUGGAACAGUUGUGGAAGAAUCUCCUCAUUCAACCUAUUCACCUGUAUAUUCCCCUCUCAGGGAGGAAAAGGGAGAGCUGGAAUCUCUAGAACAGACUCACAUGUACACAAUAGACCAAGCUCAUGCUGAACCAGUGUAUAAUCAAAUUAAAAGUCCAGCGUCAGUUCGACAAACUAAAGUUUCCAACCCUGCUAUCCCACCCCCAGCGCAGUUCAGGGAAGGGGAGAGCAACCAUAUACCAUCAUUCAUUCAUUCUAAUCAUGAGGUUACGCCAUCACCACAUGUACAGCCUAUGCAAGUUCCACCCCCACCGCCACCUGGACCACCGGCCCCUAUAGCAAACAAUCAAAAGUUUCUAGAAUCUCCCUACGGCACAUGCCCAAGUCAACCCCCAAGCCAACCCACCGGUCAACCCCCCAGUCAACCGCAUUUAAAAUCAUCCCCACCUGCCACCCUCCCCAAACCCCAGAGCAGCCAGUCACUCAAUGGGUCAACCCUUCCAUCAGGUCUUCCAAAACAAGCCCCGCCCCCACCAGCUCGUUUAUCCAGUAACGAAUCAACUUCCUCGUGUUCUGGACUUGACUCAGUCACCAGCUCCCCCAUUCAUGUUCCCAUACCCCCACCCAUGCCACCCCUCACGCCAAAGCUCCCACCCCCAACCUUACCCAAGUCGUCCCAUGCUGCCACCACUGGAGCCAGUCUAAUAGGGAACAACGCCAAACCUCCAACAUCACCUGGUGUGUUCCACACUGAAGGGCUCUCUAGCAAGACCAAUGGCCAGCCUGAUGGAGCGAAGGUCAAAGGUCGACACAACAGCACCUCUAGUGAUGAAAUUACAGGCUGCCCGCCCCAGUCACCAUCCCUGCCAUUUUUAUCCGAACUCUCCAAGAGGAACAACCAGGAUCUGAAUGGAGGAGAUACUGUAGAGUUGAGAAAUGGGCAGCCAACUUCCCUCGCUCAGCAGCAUAGAAGAUCAGCGUCAGCUGGUGGGGUUGUGGGGAGGAAUGAUAAGAAAUGCGCCCCGCCACCCCCUCCAAAACGCAGUGAAAACACACGCUUAUCCAUGGAUCUCAUCCUUCAGCAGCAUUCAGACAAUAACGGAACAUCCGUGCCACUUCAUGAUCCAAUUUAUGAAAAUUUUGAUGGCAUUAUGGAUAUUGACGAGCUCCCUCCACCACCCCCAGAACUUUUAAUGGAUUUACCCUUUGCUGAGAGUGAAAGCCAAAGAACUUGUGGUAAAAAGCCCAAACCACCCCCACCUCCCCCCAAAAGAUCCAAAGAUACCCAGUUGUCUAGUCACUAACUCGGUCCUACCAACAUUUGUGUAGAUUUUAACUCUCUUAAGUCUGUGCCAGGUGUGUUGAUUUCAACUCUUUUAAUUCUGUGCUAUGGUGUGUAGAUUUUUAACUCUCACAAGAUUAAGUGGUAAGAGAAAAGAUCCAAGGCAUUUUAACCGGAUUACUGAUAAAAGUAUUGGAUACCUAUCUGUACAAUGGAUAUAAAAUAUGGAUGUGUUUUCUUACAUUUUUAAUUUAUUCUUGUUAUUUUCUUACAAUUACAUGUACGACUAUACCAGUAAUGUUCACUCCAUUAUUUUCUUUUAUCUGUUGUAUUUAUUAUGUAUUUAUUCAAAUCCCUUGAAGACUACUUUAGACAAGGCUUUCUUUUCAUGUAAAUGUGUUGUGUUGUUUUCAUUUUCUGAAUGACAUUUUCUGUUUUGAUUUACAACUUUCAACAACUAUGUAUAGCGUAAGAAAGAUGUUUUAAAAUACUGGUAUAUUGUGGAUGAAUUAAAAAAUGAAUAUGGGACUAAACCGAUUACCCAAGCAGCUUUAAAAUUAUAUUGUUGGUUUAAAAUAAAUUCUAAAUUAUAAUAAGUGUUUAAAUCCCAUUUCAUAACCCAUAACAGCAUAGUUCAUUAAUACUUGCUGCUCAUCAAUUGUUGAACUAUGUAUAUAUUCCUAUUGCCUAUGAUUGAUGUGUAUUGCAGUUUACUUUGUAAAUUUAAGUAUAAAAGAUACAUUUCUUUAUCAUCUUCUACCUUCAAGCACAUGUUUAGGUUACAAUGUAAAUAAGCAAUAUAAUCCAGUAAUAAUUGUCAGUGUAAAUACCCAUCACUGAUAGUGAAAUAAAUUUUUAAAUUUUGUUGAAGAAGCAGUGCAUAUUUUUUUAUAUGAAAUGAUUUGAGUUUUUUGUUUUCAUCAACGGAAAUGGUUUUACAGUUAAGAAAAAAAAUAGACUAUUAGUUGGCACAUGCUGGUUUAUCAAAAAACCUUUGUGUGUCCAGACAGGACUUGAUGUGGUGGAGAAGUAAAACAGAACCAGAAGGGGUAAGGGAGUCCAGUUGAUAUCAUAAAUACAAUUGAAAAGUGAAAAAGUGAAUACAUUUAUACAUUUUAAAUUUUUUUUUGUUUUGGACUUAUCUGAUGGUGAUUUUUUAAUAUGUAGAAUAAUCAGGAGGGGGGCAGUUGUAUGAAAAAAUCUUGUGAAAAAGCAUAAAAACAAACAGAAAAGCCAAUAAUUGUUAAGUUUGUGAAGCUUACUUAGCAGAAUUCUUAAUGUUGCUGAUUUGUUUUAAAAUAAAUUGAAAAUUUAAUACAUAUACAAAAAAUAUAUUAAAUGAGAUCUUAUAAUUUAUUUUUGCGGUGGUCAUGUUUUUCUAGCUCUACCACUGCAAGUAAUGUCUCUCAAAGCUUUGUAAAACAUAGCUAGCAUACACAUUGUGUACUGAAACAAAAAUAAAAUAAUCUUGCACAAGAAAUCUAACUGUGGACCCGAAACUUAUGUCCUAAAAAAAGGUCUGAUUGAUUUAUGUAUCUGCCAAAUUUUUUCUAGUCAUUGCAUUUAAUUGUUUUUUUUUAGUGAAGAUGGUGCUAUCAUUUAACAUUAACUUUGUAUAAAAGUCCAUUACUUUACUUUUAAACAUAUUUAUUGCUCGAAGAAUUUUUGUUGAAUUAUGGAAGAAACCUAUCAGAUCUCUAAAUUUCAUUCUGGAUUUAUGAAUAUGACAAGCUGAUCACUUACUGAUUUUGCGCUACAUUUACCUUUUUCUUUUUGUUUAUUUUAAAGAUAAUAUGGUUAUAAUAUAAAUAUUUUAGUAGAAAUCUUUUUAACAUGAAGAGUUGAUCUUAAAUGUUAACAGUAAAAAAAAUUUCUUAACCACCCUCUCCUACCCAUUGAGUACCCCAAUUUGAACCAUUUUAAAUUGUAAAUAUAUGUAGGCUGUUUGCAGUAAUAUUUAAUAACAUAGGAUUUAGCAUUUAAUUGGUUUUAUUGAUUUUAAUUACUGACACAUUUUAUCUCAUCCAUCAAACUUUUUUUUAAUGCAGUGUGCAUGCUGAACAGUUCAUUUUAUAUUUGUACUAGUAAUAUUUGUCUUUUAUUUCCUUGAAACAGUUAUAUGUAGAGUAGUUUCCCUGUUUAUCAAAUACUGAUUGCUAAACCAAAAUUUCUAUUGUUUAAACAGCUAAACAUGGCUUCUUACAGCACAAUUGAUCAGUCCCCUUUUUAAAAUACCAGAGUUGGUUUUUAUUUAUUAUAACUGUCCCCCUCCCCUUAUUAAUAUACUUUGAGAUUUAUUGUACAUAGUAUACGAUGCCUCAUCUAUUGCUUUUGUGAUACUGUCUGUAUGACUUUUAUGUCUUACCUUUAGCAUUUGUUUAUUUUUAAUGUCAUAUUUCUCAAAUUUCAAUCAUGAAAAGUAUGUACACCUGCAACAUCGUUCUUAUUAAUCAGAUAAAUUUGUUUGAACUAUGUUGUUGAGCUGUAGCUUUAAAAAAAUUACUUCAACAUUUUAAUUAAAUGUUGCAGAAUUUGGAAUCAUAGAAAAUUCUGUUAGAGAUUUUAAAUUCAAAUAAAAAGCAUUUAAUGGUUAAAAUUAAUUUUAAGAUUAUCAAUGAAAAUGUGUACAAACAAUAUUUUACUCUAUAUUUUCAAAGUGUAUGUUUUGCAGUUUGCUAUCCAUACAUUUUUCUGUGUUAUUUGGUAAAAUAGAAAAAAAAACUCAGCAUAGUUGUAGUUACUAGAAAAAUAUGUAUAAUAAUGUAAACAAUUUUUUGGUUCAUUUGAAAUGUGCACAUAUCUUAUUUUCUACAUGCUAAGUUUUCUUUUAUACCAGAUAUUUUGCAUUAAAUUCUUGCCAAAAUGCAUUUCAUCUAUUUCUUUAUAUUACUGCUGUUAUUUCAGUAAAUACAGCUAUCAAAUCAUUUUUAGAUAAUUUUUACAAAUGUUUUUUCUCCAUCAGUGCAAUAUAUAUUUUAAAUGUAAGUAUCCAAUUAAAGUAGUUUUGCAAAAGUAUUGCAUUUGUACCAAAGUUAAACAAAAAAGAAAUUCACAUUUCUGUCAUUCAUUGUCAUCAUCCAUGAUUUAUCUGAAUAAAAUGUGACCACUGGUGAUUUUAAAAUUUGGUUGAAAGCUUUGUGUGGACUGAUUUAAGUGAAUUAUCCUUACACAACACCAAAAUAUGUAUUCCAUUUCAAAAACCUUGAAGUAAAUGAUAAAUUCCUACUUUUU